AUGUCUACCGAAGCCUCGGAUCGAAAACCGGCGAUUCCGGGAUCCUUUGCAAUCGAAGCUUUCGAUGCAGCAACCACGACCUGGAAGAGGUGGGUACAGCGUCUGCAGGGUGCUUUUCUUAUAUUCGGCAUCAAAGAUGACGCAAGAGUGCCAUAUUUGCUUCAUUACGUUGGGCCAACGGCUUUCGAUGUACUUUGCGACAGGCUGGAUCCUGACGAUCCAUUUGUACAGCCAUACGAUGUAUUAGUUCAAAAGUUACAAGAAUUUUAUGAACCGGCCCCCUUGGAAAUCGCCGAGAAUUAUCGUUUUCAUCAAAGGAUACAGAAUGAUGGUGAAUCGGUUCAGCAAUUCGUGGCGGCUUUACACAAGCUGAGCAUCCAUUGUAAAUUCGGCGAUUACUUGAAAAUGGCGCUGCGCAACCAGUUUGUCUUCGGGCUUUCGAACAAGAAGGCACAAGCCCGACUUCUAGAGCGUAAGGACUUGAAUUUCGACGAAGCAGUUAAGGUUGCCGUCACCAUGGAAUUGUCAGAAAAGAGUUCUGAGCAGAUGAAGAAAAGCAGCGCAGCGGCGAUGGGUGUUGACUACCUCAAAGCGGGAAAGAAACCUCACGGCAAGAAUGCAGAGAAGAAGCCGAAACACAUUACAAAGAAAUUUUCAAGUCAGAAUUCUUCUAAUUUACAUGCGAAAAAUGUAUCAAAUACUAAUGUUAAAUGUUUCAGAUGCGGUAAGCCACAUUUGGCUAGCAAGUGUACUUUAAAUCGUGAAAUACGAUGCCAUACGUGUGGGAAACAGGGGCAUCUCAGUACCGUUUGUUUCAAGGGUAGUACUCCCGCUAAUCAAUUACAGGAGAUUUUGAGUCUGGAGCAUAAAAAUCAUAGAGAUAAAUUUCUUAUUAAAUUAAUGGUAAAUGAGAAGCCUAUUGAGUUCGAAGUUGACAGCGGAGCUGCAGUUACAAUUGUAAGUUCAUCAGAUUUGGUUAGUUUUUUUCCAAGGGCGACUUUUCAUCGUACAAAUCUUCAAUUAGUUUCAUAUUGCGGUCGCGUUAUACCUUGCGAAGGAUAUAUAACUGUAAACGUUCGAUACAAUACGAUGGAGAAAGAGUUAAAUAUUUACAUUGUAAAUGGCCGUCGAAAACCCCUUAUGGGUAGAGAAUGGAUUCAUCUAUCUGCAAUUAAAGGCCUACAAGCUAAAUUAUUUCUUAAAUCGGAUGCUUCUCCGGUGUUUAUUCGUGCACGGCCGGUGCCUUUCAAACUUCUGCCGCUAGUUGAAAAAGAAUUAGACGCGUUAGAAGGCGCAGGUAUCAUUUCAAAAGUUGCAACGUCUAAAUGGGCUACACCCAUUGUUCCAAUAGUUAAAAGUAACGGCCAAAUUCGAAUUUGCGGCGAUUACAAAUCUACAGUAAAUCCUCAAUUAUUAGUGGACGAUCAUCCUUUACCAACAGUCGACGAACUGUUUGCUAAACUGGCUAAUGGCCUAACUUUUUCAAAAAUUGAUUUAAAGCAGGCAUAUCUACAAUUAGAAAUUGCUCCCGAGCAUCGAGAAUGUCUGACAAUUAGUACGUGUAAAGGACUUUAUCAGGUUAAUAGGUUAAUGUACGGUAUUGCUUCCGGUCCAACUGUUUGGCAGAGGGAAAUAGAAAAUAUCUUACAAGGUAUCCCCGGUGUUGCCAUAUUUUUCGACGAUAUUGUUAUAACAGGUGAAACGGACAAAUUGCAUUUUGAUCGACUCGAUGAGGUAUUAAAAAGAUUGCAUCAGUACAAUAUACGCAUCAAUGUAGAAAAGUCAAUGUUCUUUAUGGAUAAAGUAAAUUAUUGCGGUUACACGAUUAAUAAAGAUGGUGUACAUAAAGAAGAUAGUAAAAUGGAAGCUAUCAAAUUAAUGCCGCGUCCCAAAAAUGUUUCAGAGGUUCGAGCUUUUACAGGAAUGAUAAAUUAUUACGGACGUUUUAUUCCAAAUUUGAGUACGAUUUUACACCCUCUUAAUGAAUUAUUACGUAAAAAUUCUUCAUUUAUUUGGUCACGAAAAUGUGAACUUGCUUUUCAAAAAGCUAAAGAAGCUUUCACUAGUAACAGAGUUUUGACGCAUUUCAAUUCUAAACUUCCAUUAAUUCUAGCUACCGAUGCUAGUUCAUACGGUGUAGGUGCAGUUCUCUCUCAUCGCUAUCCGGAUGGAUCAGAACGCGUAAUACAAUUUGCGUCUCAAACGCUUUCUCCUACACAACAGAAAUACUCGCAGAUUGAUAAAGAGGCUUAUGCCAUAAUUUACGGAAUUAAGAAAUUCUUUCAGUUUCUAUACGGAAAUAAAUUUACGUUGAUAACGGACCAUCGUCCAUUAAUUCAAAUUUUAUCACCUACAAAAAGUUUACCAAUUUACACUGCAAUGAGAAUGCAGCAUUAUGCUAUCUUUUUACAAGGAUUCAAUUAUUCAAUUCAAUACAAAAAAUCUGAAGAUCAUGCCAAUGCGGAUUGUUUAUCCAGACUUCCUGCCAACUCUCAAAAUACUAGCAGUGAUGUAAUAGAUGCUUUUCAAAUGGAUACAUUAGAUACUCUUCCUAUUUCAGCAAAUAAAAUUGCUUUCGAAACUAAUAAAGAUACGAAUCUUAAGAAAUUACUCCAAGCAUUGCAUACAGGAAAACAAAUCCAUAAAUCGGAUCGUUUCAACAUAGAUCAAAUCGAGUUUAAUUUACAUGCGGGUGUCAUUAUGCGUGGGCACCGAGUUGUAAUUCCGAAAUCAUUACAACCUCAAAUAUUAAAAGAGUUACACUCAGGUCAUUUCGGAAUGGUUAAAAUGAAAGAAUUAGCUCGUAGUUAUUGUUGGUGGUCCAAAAUAGACGAUGAUAUAGAAAAUAUCGUUAAAAAUUGCGCAAAUUGCAAUGUUAAUAAAAACAAUGUACCUAAAGCUUCAAUUCAUCAUUGGCAGCCAUCUUCGGCUCCUAUGCAACGUGUUCAUAUGGAUUUUGCGGGUCCUUUCUUAAAUAAGAUGUUUUUAAUAAUGAUUGAUGCUUAUUCUAAAUGGCCUGAAGUGCAUGUUCUUAAUGAUAUUACUGCGAAUACUACAAUUUCAAAAUGUAGGCAAAUUUUUGCUGCAUUUGGUCUUCCACGAACAUUAGUUACAGACAAUGGUAGAACCUUUGUAUCACAAGAAUUUCAGAAUUUUCUGCGAUCUAAUGGUAUUGUACAUAAAGUGACAGCACCGUACAACCCUGCAACGAACGGUCAAGCCGAGCGUUUUGUGCAAACUUUAAAACAAGCGUUGAAGCGCAUGAAUUGUAAUACUUCAAAUAUUAAUCUCAAUUUAAGCAAAAUAUUGUUACAGUAUAGAUCUAUGCAGCAUGCGUCUACAAAUAAGACCCCUGCAGAAAUGUUCUUAGGUAGAAAAUUAUCUACUAGAUUAAAUUUAAUUUUUCCUACAAAAGAAGCGAAGACAUUGAAUCAAAAUACGUUAGUUAAACAUUUUUUGUGCGGAGAGCGAGUGGCUUGUAGAAACUACUCAAACGAAGUAAAAUGGAAAUUUGGUAAAAUUACCGAGGUACUUGGAAUAUUACACUACAAAAUUUUGUUGGAUGAUGGUCGUUCUUGGAUUAGACAUAUAAAUCAGAUUCGCUCAAUAGGCGAUAAGACUCCUGUUUUGGGGAACUUUUCGAACGAAGAUUUUUACUGGGAUUCAUCGGAACCCUCAGUAGAAGAUCAAGAUAUUGUUCCUCGGGCUGUUGAUGUGCCUGUUUCUCCUCAGCCCGAAUCAACUGAUAAUCAGUUAGUUUUGCGUCGUACAACUAGAGUCAGGAAGAAACCUGAAUAUUAUGAACCAUAG